AUAUAACGGCCCUUCCAAAAUUAACAGGUUCCUUAGGGUUUCAAAUCGAAAACUCCCAUCCAACUUCAGUAUUUUGGCUCUCUUCUCAGCGAUCGUUUUGUAAAAUUCAUCUUAACCUGCAGUUUUUCAUACCUCUGCUAUCGUAAGAAUUUAUUGCUGAAGAAGAUGGCUUCGCGUUUUUGGACUCAGGGUGACAGUGAGACUGAGGAGGAGGAAGAGAGUGAUUAUGAGCAGCAGGAUGAUGAACCAGCUGAGACCACCAAAACAGAUGGUGGAUCGAGGUAUCUUGCAGCUGAUGAUAGUGAUAGUGACGAGUCAGAUGGGCAGAAGCGUGUUGUCCGGUCAGCCAAGGACAAGCGCUUUGAUGAAUUGUCUGCUACAGUUGAUCAGAUGAAGAAUGCCAUGAAAAUCAAUGACUGGGUCAGUCUUCAAGAGACCUUCGACAAGAUCAAUAAGCAGCUGGAGAAGGUCAUGCGCAUUACAGAGGCAGCUAGAGCUCCUAAUCUGUACAUCAAAUCUCUAGUGAUGCUGGAGGACUUUUUGACUCAGGCUUUGGCCAAUAAGGAGGCAAAGAAGAAGAUGAGUAGUAGCAAUGCCAAAGCCUUGAAUUCAAUGAAACAAAAGCUCAAAAAAAAUAAUAAACAGUAUGAAGAGUUGAUCAACAAAUAUAGGGAGAAUCCUCCUGUUAGUGAGGAUGAAGGUGGGGAUGAUGAAGAGUCGGAUGAGGAUGAGGAGGAAGAGGACUUUGAGGAGGACCCUACAAAGAUUGCAUCUGCAUCCGACGAUGACCCUAAUAGAGGUCCUGAUCCGGUAAAUGAGUGGGAGAUUAUACUGAACAAGAAAGACAAACUAAUGGAUAAACAGUUCAAGGACCCAAGUCAAAUCACGUGGGAUAUAGUCAACAAGAAGUUUAAGGAAAUUGUUGCUUCUAGGGGUAGGAAGGGAACUGGAAGGAUCGAAUUGGUUGAACAGCUCACCUUCUUGACCAAGGUGGCCAAGACCCCAGCUCAGAAGCUUGAAAUUCUUUUCAGUGUUGUCUCUGCCCAGUUUGAUGUUAAUCCAAGUCUCAGUGGGCACAUGCCGGUAAACGUAUGGAAAAAGUGCGUGCAGAAUGUGCUCACCAUACUUGACAUGUUGACCCAAUACCCUAAUAUUGUAGUUGAUGACAUGGUUGAGCCUGAUGAGAAUGAAACCCAGAAGGGAUCAGACUACACCGGGACAAUAAGGAUCUGGGGGAAUUUGGUAGCCUUUAUUGAAAAGAUAGAUGUUGAAUUUUUUAAGAGCUUGCAGGUUAUUGAUCCACACACUCGUGAAUAUGUUGAGAGGCUGAGGGAUGAGCCAUUGUUCUUGGUUCUUGCUCAAAAUGUCCAAGAUUAUUUAGUUCGCAUGGGGGACACUAGGGCUGCCGCGAAAGUGGCUCUUAAACAGGUUGAGUUCAUUUAUUAUAAACCACAAGAGGUGUAUGAUGCUAUGAGGAAGUUAGCAGAACUAGCAGAAGGAGAAGGAGAGGGGGAGUCUGCUGACGAGAACAAGGUGGCUGAGGAGAGUAAAGGCCCACUAGCAUUUGUUCCGACUCCUGAGCUUGUGCCCAGGAAACCUUCCUUUGAAGAGGGCAGCAGGUCAUUGAUGGACGUCCUUGUUUCGCUCAUUUACAAACAUGGGGAUGAGCGGACCAAGGCACGUGCUAUGCUCUGUGACAUAUACAAUCAUGCUCUCUUCGAUGAGUUUUCAGUAUCCCGUGACUUGUUGUUAAUGAGUCACUUGCAGGAUAAUAUCCAGCACAUGGACAUUUCAACUCAGAUUCUUUUUAACAGAGCCAUGGCUCAGCUUGGUCUCUGUGCAUUCAGGGUGGGACUCAUUACAGAAGCACAGGGUUGCCUUUCUGAACUGUAUUCUGCUGGCAGGGUGAAGGAAUUACUUGCACAAGGUGUUUCCCAAAGCAGAUAUCAUGAGAAGACCCCGGAACAGGAAAGGAUAGAACGAAGACGUCAGAUGCCUUAUCAUAUGCAUAUAAAUCUUGAGCUUCUUGAGGCUGUCCAUCUGAUAUGUGCCAUGCUACUAGAGGUGCCAAACAUGGCAGCCAAUAGUCAUGACACAAGGCGCAAGGUCAUAAGCAAGAACUUCCGGAGAUUGCUUGAAAUUAGUGAGAGACAAACUUUCACUGGCCCACCUGAAAAUGUUAGGGACCAUGUAAUGGCUGCCACAAGAGCCCUCAAGCAGGGAGAUUUUCUGAUUGCCUUUGAUGUUAUCAAGUCCCUUGAUAUGUGGAGGCUUUUUAAGAACAAAGAGAGUGUUCUUGAGAUGGUUAGAGCCAAAAUCAAGGAAGAGGCCUUGAGGACCUACCUUUUUACAUAUUCUUCUUCUUACAAUUCUCUGAGCUUGGAUCAGCUUGCAGGGAUGUUUGACCUUUCUGAUAAACAAGUUCAUAGCAUUGUGAGCAAAAUGAUCAUCAGUGAGGAGCUUCAUGCAAACUGGGAUCAACCAACUCGCUGUGUGGUCUUCCAUGAUGUUGAGCAUACAAGAUUGCAGGGUUUGGCAUUCCAGUUGACAGAAAAGCUGGCAAUUCUAUCAGAAACUAAUGAAAGAGCUAUGGAGUCCAGGAUCGGUGGGGGUUUGGAGGGCCUUCCACCAAGGCGCAGGGAAGGCCAGGAUUAUGCCGCUGCAGCUGCAGGAGGGACUGGUAAGUGGCAGGAGUUCUCCUUCUCACAAGGCAGGCAAGGAAGCAGUGGGGGCCGAACAGGGUACAAUGCUGGUAGAUUUGCCUCAGGGCAAGCAUCAAGGGACAGAACUGGUCAGGCCCGAACUCAUGGUGGUCAAGGUUCACGAUAUCAGACAAAUGCAGCUGCUAGGGGAGGCCAUAAUAUGGAUGGAUCUCGCAUGGUGAAUCUUAACAGGGGUAUCCGUGCUUAGUUAAAGUGGAGGACACAAAUUUUUGCACUGAGAGAACACAGCGUUUAGCACAUCCCAAAUAAUCAUUUUUCAGACCCUUAUUUUGUAGUAGUGUAGAAUUUUGCAAGUUGGUAUCUAAACAAUCGUACAAUCAUUUUCUAUAGUGAAAGUCUGAUCCCAUUGAACUAGGACUUUGUACUGGUGUUAUGCACGGAAGUUUUUUUCUUA